UAGGUGUAGUAGUAGUUCAUUGCUUCAUAUUGUUCUGACCAAAAUGAGCUCUCGUGAUGUUUCUUGUAGGGGAUGCUUCUCAGAGAGAUUGUUGUGGACCUUGAUGGGGUCUCUGCUAUUGCUGCCAAUUUGUUGGGUAUCUUGUUGUCCACAAGGUGAGAAAAUUUCUCUCUUGCAGUUUAAGAGAAGUCUUCAAGACCCAUCUGAUCAACUGAAAACGUGGAAUGCUUCCACUAACUGCUGCGAGUGGAAGGGAAUCCAAUGCCAUAAUAUAACAGGGCACGUUAUUCAAUUGGAUCUUCGGAGUCCUCUAGGCAACAAGCUGGCAAGCCCCUGGAAGAAUUUAACCCGUUCUGUUCUUUCCCCUUUGAAUGACGAACGUGACGUUCUUUCGCCAUUGUUUAAUCUAACAAUGUUAGAACGCUUGGAUCUCAGCUACAACGCUUUCAUUGAUGUUGGUGUCCCUCAGCAACUCACCACGCUGAAAUAUUUGCGCUAUUUGAACUUGUCAAAUGCUAGAUUUGCCGGAAAGAUACCCAUGGAGCUGGGCAACAUGUCCACGUUGCGCUUCUUGGAUCUUUCAACCAAUUCCUACAUUUCCUCUUCUUCCAUCGUAAUUGAGGACAUGCACAUGUGGAUAGGAAACAUGAGAGAUUUAGAGGAGCUUCUGCUGGACGGGGUGAAUAUGACGAAAGUGGCAAGCGAUGAAUGGAGCAAAGCUAUCUCAACCAUGCACAACCUCAGGCGUCUUCAAAUGUCUAACUGUAUGCUCUCUGGCCCAAUUCCCCCUUCCCUUGCUAAUCUUACCCGUCUAACCUACCUCCAACUUGGUGGCAAUUCCUUCUUCUCGUCCAUACCUGCUCGCUUACACAACCUUUCCAACCUGGUUUCUCUCAAGCUUAGCAGCUGUCACCUCAAUGAUUCAAUCCCUUCUGAUCUAUUGAGCCUUCCGAACCUGCAAGAAAUUGACUUGUCGGCCAAUCUGGAGUUGGGAGGGGAACUUUCAAGCAUUCUGCCGCGACACUCUACCAGGCUUAAGAGCCUUGUUCUUACAGCAACGAGUGUAGAAGGAGCUCUUCCAGAUUCAAUUGCCAACAUCUCCUCGCUAACUCUCUUGGAUAUCUCGUACUGCUCUGUCCAAGGUCAACUUCCUCCAUCCAUUGCUAAUCUUAAGGGACUUGUAAUGUUGGAUAUGUCAAAUAACAAAUUAAAAGGAAGUAUACCGCCGUUUGGGGCUAAGCUCCGCUAUGUUCACUUGAGGCAAAACCUAUUGACCGGUAACAUUCCAUCCCUUGACAUGACCACCAUCAAAAGCCUUGACCUGAGCAACAAUGAAUUGAACGGGACAAUUCCUUCCUUGGCCAACAUGAAGUCCCUUGUUCUGCUUGAUCUGAGUAAUAACCUCUUGACUGGCCAAAUCCCGGCUUCCGUUGGUCAACUCCUUUCCCUCAGUACGCUUUGUCUUAGCAACAACUUGUUAACACAUGCCAUACCUCACAACAUUUCAAAUCUAUCUCAACUGAAGGUUCUUUCCUUAUCCUCAAAUUGGAUAACCGGGAACCUUUCAGAGACCCACCUUCAUAAUCUCUCCAGUCUGGUAUAUCUAGACAUUUCGAACAAUGCGCUAACUGUGAAAGUCAGUCCCAAUUGGAUUCCCCAAAACUCGUUUAGAACAUUGAAAUUAAGAUCAUGUAACAUGCAGGGUGAUUUGCCGGCCUUCUUAAUAACUCAAACUUCCAUUGCCGAUUUGGAUUUAUCCAAUAACAGUUUAUCCGGUCAUAUUCCUGCGUGGAUAUGGGAUUCCCUUCCUCUUCAACAGCUCAACCUAUCCUAUAACAGUUUUGCAGGUGAUUUACCCUAUAAGCUAAUGGGGCCCAAAACACUGAAGAUUCUGGACUUGCAUCACAAUAACUUUCAUGGUCCACUUCCGCUUCCACCUCCUUCAGUGGUUGUAUUGGAUCUCUCAGAAAAUCAAUUUUGUGCAUCCAUUCCAGCUGAAAUUGGCGAGAAUAAAUUUAGUUACCUGUCUCUGUCUCACAACAAUCUCAGUGGUAGCAUUCCAUCUACAAUAUGUGAAGGGUUGUCUAUGGAGAUUCUGGAUUUUUCAUAUAACAGUCUUACAGGUAAGAUUCCUCCAAGUUUUGUAAACUGCAGUUGUCUUGAGGUGUUGAAUUUGGAGAACAAUUGUUUAGAAGGUGAGCUGCCAGUGGAGUUGGGAAACAUGACUUCGCUUCAAACAUUGAAAAUCAGGGGAAAUCUUCUAAAUGGAACUCUGCCAAACCUUGGCAAUUGUAAGCAGUUGCAGAUAUUAGAUGUGGGAGAUAACAGUCUGACAGGGAAGAUUGCUUCAAAUUGGAUUGUAGAGCUUCCUAAUCUUAAGAUUUUAAUCUUAAGAUCAAACAGAUUUGUAGGAAGUGUACCUGCUGAUAUAAGCAAAGUACCCUCUCUUCAAAUCUUAGACCUUUCAAUGAACAGUUUUUCAGGAGUAAUUCCAAACAGCCUUUCAGAGAUGAAGGGCAUGGUAAAAGACUCAAUGAAUACAAGAGUCCUUGAAUUUGGAUUGAUAAAAGGUUUAACAUAUGUAGAGAAAAUAAUCAUCAGAAGCAAAGGAUUGGAGCUGGAGUUUGUCAGAGCUUUGAGUCUAGUCAAAUGUCUUGAUCUAUCAAGCAAUAGAAUAUCUGGCCAUAUCCCUGAAGGUAUUGGAUCUCUCACUGGAUUGAUCAUUCUUAAUAUUUCAAGAAAUCAUAUUAAUGGUGGUAUACCCAAGUCCUUGGGAAAAAUGGAACAGCUAGAGUCGCUUGACCUCUCGCAUAACCAACUGUCUGGAAUUAUUCCUGUAGUGUUGGUGAAUCUCACAUUCCUAAGUUACUUGAACCUGUCAUACAAUAAUCUUACAGGAAAUAUUCCGCUAGGAGGGCAGUUCUUGACAUUUGAAGCCUCAUCCUUCGCACAUAAUUCAGGUCUAUACGGCCUCCAACUGAAGGAGCCAUUCUUGCCUUCGCCAAAGGAUGAAAGCAGGCCGAAGACAAAAGAAGGGGCGAACAAAAGCAGGGCAAUAGAGGGAAUUGACAGUUUCAUUGUGUUGAUGGGGAUGAGCUUUGGAAUAGGCGCGGGUAUAAUAAUAGCUCCUUUGUUGCUUCUGAAAACACAGCGGGAGAAGUUCUUCCAUUUGUUAGACACUAUAUUGAUUUGGGUUAUCGACUUGAUUCCCUGUGAGAAGUUGACCCCCUGUAAGAAGCUGUCGAUGGUGAAAAUCUUGGCCGACGAAGACCAAGCGCAUUCCGAAGAAAGCAAGAAAUUAAUACGUUUUUGUGUUCGUUGUACUCAAAUUGACAGAGAGACUAAAACUACAGUAAAGACUCAAUGUAUAUGUUGACCAAUUUUUAUUUUUUUUCCUAUGAAAAGGGCGAGAAAAAUUUGGUUUAUGGUUUCUAUAAUAUAAA